ACCUGCAUGGAGGAGAAUGAAGAUCUGAGAUUCCUUUGUGGGCCUUCAUGGAUACUCUCAGUUACUGGGAUGGCGACUGAGAGCAAAGCGGAGGUGCUUCAGCAGGCAGACCCUGAAGCAAUGAAUCCCCUGAAGUGGGACAUCUCCCAGGAAUGUGACCACCAAGAUGCUUGUGAGAUUUGGAAUGAACUAAAGGAGCAGAAAGCCUCGAUCCAAAUAGAGGAUGUUAUGGAAGCUUUUGUGGCUCAUGAAAAAAGCUCUUGUAAAGAUGGUGAAAAGCCGCACGUGAUCCAGAACCUGGGAUUUGCGACACAUGAAAGGGCCUGUACAGAAGAGAAUCCUUUUAGGUGCCACAUCUGUGGGAAACACUUUGGUGAUAAUUCCCAUCUGAUCAGGCAUCAGAGGAUCCACACUGGGGAGAAGCCAUAUCAAUGCUCUGACUGUGGGAAAAGCUUCAGUCAGAACUCACACCUCCUCCUCCACAGGAUGGUCCACUCGGGGGAGAAGCCCUGCCGCUGCGAAGAUUGUGGGAAAAGUUUUGUGACCACCUGGGCCCUUGUCAAACACCAGAAAACCCAUGUGGGGGAGAAGCCCUUCCAGUGCACACAGUGUGGAAAGACUUUCCGCCAGAAUUCGCACCUGGUGAUCCAUGGGAGGAUCCACUCAGGGGAAAAGCCCUGCUCUUGCCCAGACUGUGGGAAGCGCUUUGGAGACACGUCAGCCCUCAUUAAACAUCAGAGAACCCACUCUGGCGAGAAGCCCUACACAUGCCCUCUCUGUGAGCGGGGCUUUGGCCAAAACUCUCACCUCCUGCAGCACCUGAAGACACACACAGGAGAGAAGAGCUACCAGUGCAGUGAAUGCGACAAAAGUUUUACUCAGAAAGCUCAACUGAUUGUUCACCAGAGGGUUCAUUCAGGAGAGAAGCCGUAUAAAUGCUCCCACUGCGGGAAGUCUUUCAGUCGCAGCUCCAACCUUAUUUCACAUAAGAGAACCCACAGUGGGGAAAAGCCUUACAAAUGUCCUGAUUGUGGGAAAUGCUUCAGUAGGAGCUCAAAUGUCCUCGUGCAUCAGAGAAUCCACAAUGGGGAGAAACCUUUCAAGUGUCCCUCCUGUGGGAAGCGCUUUCGCCGCAACUCUCACCUGAUGGUGCAUCAGAAACUCCAUCACUGAGGCUUUCCCAAGGGAUCUGUGUGUUUCUCUCAGUAUUUCAUUCUGCAGAGCUAACUGUUCUUUCUGGGAUCCUGCAGGGGACAUGCCCUUACCUGGAUAUAGGAAGUCUUAGUAAGGCUUCUAACAGGCUGAUUCAAGACAUGGCUACAUGCAGUUAAGUCCCACUGAGUUCAAGUUGGGGCUCUCACCCAAAUUAGUGGGAAGACUGCAUUCCAUGCCCACUUUCACCUGGCCCUGUCACUUUAUUAUUUUUGGCACCAGGCCAAAACCUUUUUAUUUUCCCAAUUUUUAUGA